UGUUAUAAAUUAAUCCAUAAACACACACAGAGAGAACGAAGCAGAUCAUCAAAUUGAAUGGAAAUUAGAAGAGAAAUAAUGAAGAAAAUAGUAGCAGCAGCAGUAGUAAUGGUAUUAUUAGGCUGCGGUGGAAGCAUUGGAACAAUGGCUCAAAGUGAAGACACAUCGUGUGUGAAUACAUUAAUUCCAUGCUUAAAUUACGUAAACGGAACCAGAGAUCCACCGGAGAGUUGCUGUAAUCCACUGAGAUCCAUCAUCAAUUCAAAUCCGGAAUGCCUUUGCGGUUUAAUUAGCAGAGAAGGAAGCAAUAGAGCGGAGGCGGCAGGGAUAGAUAUCAACGAGGCUCAACUCUUACCCGCUCGAUGUGGAGAACAUGUUAAUCCUCUCUCUUGCCUUGCUGCUAAUAAUACUUCUGGCUCGCCCUCCAUGUCUUUGGCUCUUCAAGUAAUUACACUUGCGAUUUCCACAAAGCUUAUCAUGUCUUCAAUUCUUCACUUUUAGGUUUUGUUUGCACCCAUUUAUCCAUUAUGUGUCUCUCUUACCAUUUUUCAUUAUCAAUAUAUUGUCACCUUUUGUUUUAAACGCUGAAAAAGGAAAUUUUAUCUUUUGGUAUCAAUGUAGGUUCAAGAUUAAAAUGACUAUUAGUAUUUAAUAUUUGUGUAAUUACAUAUCACUUUGUUACCACGAAAAUAAAAUUUAGCAUCACUAUGA